AUAGUUACCAAUACAGCCAAGGACUGAAGAUAUUUAAGCAGGAAAAAUUCUCUGGCAAGUUUCUUUUUCCUUCAUUUUUUAAAAUUUCCUGAGUGACUGCCCAGACACCAAUCCAACAUCUCACUCCGCUCAGCUGAAUCUGUAUGAAAUUGCUUUCUCAUUGGCCAUGGAUAAAAUGAAAGAUUUGAGCCUGGAAACAACAAUGAUUCGAUCUGAGAUAUUUGAACUGGAUGGUGUUCCCCUCACACAACCAAUUGCCAGCAUCUGGGACCAAGUGUGGAAGUUCAAAGCCAGGCCUGAUGAUGUGCUCAUCGCAACCUAUGCAAAAGCAGGUACCACAUGGACACAGGAGAUAGUGGAUAUGGUUCAACAAAAUGGAGAUACUGAGAAGUGUAAACGUGAGACUACUUACAAACGCCACCCUUUCCUCGAGUGGUAUUUGGCAGAGCCUCCGUCUGCACGUUACUCAGGUCUGGAGUUAGCUGAAGCCAUGCCAUCUCCACGAACAAUGAAAACUCAUCUGCCCGUGCAGCUGCUGCCUCCAUCCUUCUUGGAGCAAAACUGUAAGAUAAUCUACGUGGCAAGAAAUGCAAAAGACAACCUGGUGUCAUACUACCAUUUCCACAGAAUGAAUAAAGGAUUGCCUGAUCCAGGAACCUGGGAGGAGUUUGUGCAGAAAUUCAUGACUGGAAAAGUCCUCUGGGGUUCCUGGUAUGACCAUGUAAAAGGAUGGUGGAAGGCAAAAGAUAAGCACCGUAUACUCUAUCUCUUCUAUGAAGAUAUGAAGGAGAAUCCAAAGCGAGAAAUUCAGAAGAUUGCAAAGUUCCUGGAGAAGGAUCUGAGUCAGGAGGUUCUAAACAAAAUAGUCCAUAAUACCUCAUUUGAGGUAAUGAAGGAAAACCCCAUGGCAAACUACACUAAAGACUUUCAAGGAAUAAUGGAUCAUUCAAUUUCCCCAUUCAUGAGAAAAGGGACCGUUGCAGACUGGAAGAAUCAUUUCACUGUGGCACAGAAUGAGAAAUUUGAUGAAGAUUAUAAGAAGAAAAUGUCUGAUACCUCUCUUGUUUUUCGCAUGGAAUUGUAAUUACUUGUAAUUGAAAUUUAUGAUCUUCAGCCUUUCACAUGUUAUAUAUUUUGUUUUUCUUUCAAAAAAUGCCAGUGUCCCUAAGAUUCCAAGAUCUUCAUUUCACACAUCACAGAUUUUUCAUUACUGGGAGAGAGUCCAAAUUAUGCCAAAGUUUAAGUCUCUCUCAAGAAAAUAAUUCCACUGGACAUUUCUCAGUCACCCCUACCACAGUAACUUUCAGCAUUAAUAAAAAUAUUUCAGACAUGC